CUCUGUAUAUUCCUUGGUUUUGGGGAUCCUGUGGAAGGAUUAGAGUGAUAGGACAAGAUACAGAUAUGAGUUUAUGAUCAGAGACACCCAACAGAAAAGAUAAGGUAACAACAUAAACAGAAAGAUUAGUUGUUAGGAAAAGAUCAAGGAUGUUGGAUGCAGUAUCUCCAAGACAGUAAGGAAUAAGAGUAGGGAGGGCCAUGCAGGGAUAAACAGCAGAUAAAAGCAGCCUCCACUCUGUACACAACCUCAUUUACUAUCAACACUAAACCACACACCCUUCAUACAUGUACACAUUCUUACCAAUGAAAGAAAAGAAAUUGCUUUGUGUCCUCAUCUAAGAAAGUUUUUUUGUAUACAAGUUCCCUUGAUGAAUCAAAGCAAGAAUGGUGCCUCCUAUCAUGAGUGGAUACCUUCUCUAACCUUUCUAACCUCAAUAGUUGAGGUCUCAAAAUAACAUUUAAUUUCCAUUCUCCCUUUCUUUUUUAUUCUAUGAUUUAAUGUGAUUACUUCUUAAAAAUUUUAUAACAAAUUGUAUAUCAGCAGUAAUAUUCUGAGUGAAAAAUUUUCUUAUACUUUCUAGAAAUAAAUGGUGGGAACCCAUCCCACUACCCUGACCUGACAAGGACACACAUACUCCGUUUUGGGAGCCCAGCACAGCAUGUUAGGUCACAUAUCUUGCCUGCCUCAGCCUCCAUCCUGGGUGCUGAGAUCAGUGAGUCAGGUUCCAGACAGAGACAAACAUGUAUGCUCCACCCACACUAAACACCACUCCACAUGAUACACUACAAUAGAGAAGUUGUUGGUGUCUGCAUAUCCUCUGGCUCCUGAACACACAACAUAAGCCAUUGAGGAAUAUUACUUAAUAGUCGUAUUACAUUUAUUAACCUUCUAUAUUAGUUACUAAUCUCUUUCUAAAAUGUGUAACCAGCAGGUACAAUACUGAUCAAUGGAAAAUGAUUCCAAUAAUCUUAAAACAAGGGGAGUGUUGCUGGGAUGCACGAAAAACUUUGAUGCUGUUGAGCUUCUUGGGACUGAUGACAUUCAGCAUAAUGGAGGUGUAUCUGUCAAUUGCCAUUGUGGCCAUAGUGGAGAAGAACAUGACAACUGACACAACUGAGGAUGAGGCAAAAAACACGUGUCCCAUUCCAGAGGACGCUCCAGAGGGCAGUGUGGUGGUAUCAGACUAUGAUUGGAGUGAACAAACUCAGGCCUUUAAUUUGGGUGCAUUCUUCCUCGGCACAAUGGCAACAAACUUCCCUGGGGGCCGAGCGGCAGAAUAUCUAGACUCGUGUUUGGGUUGGGAAUUUUUGAAAUCAAACAACUAUCUUACACUGCAUGUAUCAGGUCUGCAGAUUGGCAACAUUGUGGCAAUGUCUGUGGGUGUGUGGCUGUGCAGCACAACCUUCCUGGGUGGGUGGCCAUCAGUCUUCUAUGUGUUUGGAGGUUUGGGUGUGAUUUGGGCAAUCCCUUGGUUCCUUCUGAUACAUGACCUUCCUGAACACCAUCCUAGGAUUUCUGAUGCUGAGUUGCAGUUCAUCCUAGAGCAUCGCCAUUACACCAAGAGAGAUAAGGUGGUUGACAUUCCUUGGCACAAGAUAAUGACUUCAUGUCCAUUUUGGGCCAUAAUGGCAUCCGCCUUUUGCUCCAGCAAACCAUGCCAGCAUGGAAUACAGUCUUCGUCAUAUCUGCUGUCUUCAACUUCAUAUUCUGCACCAUUUAUGUCUUUUUGGGAACUGACAAAGUUCAGCCAUGGAAUGAUUCUGAGCCGAAGAAACUGAGUGUUAGCAUCAUUCCACGGCUGAGUGUCAGAAGACAUAAAGAGGAGAUAGAUGGUGCCUCCAAAAAUGUAAAUGAGUGACACCACAUGGAACACCUCUUUCCAACUGCUUAGUGUUUGCUGUGAAAGAAAGGCAAUCAUGACCUUGCUGCAUGCUGAAAAUAAACCUACUAUGGGUGGAAUAUUUGAACAAGUAACAACAAGUAUCUGAUAAGGAGAGAGAUAGAUACAUGUAUCCAGUUAAAUGUUCCCUUUAUAUUUUCAAAUGCUGAAAUAUGAAUAUAGCUAAACAAGUACAUGAACAAUAUAAAAAGCGAAAUGGUGAAAGAGAAUGUAUGUAAGUGUUACAGAAGAUAUGCAUAUAAAGGUGGAUCAUAGA